AUGGCCUCUAUUCGCGUUCUUUCCUUCGAUGCUGAGGGCCGUCCCGUGCAGUUCACUUCCUGGCUCGACGACCUGCAGUUGUAUCUUAUGAGCAAUAGCACGGACCACAUCUCCCUCUAUGACUACGCGUCUGGUGCUGCCGCUGCUCCUGCUGCCACAGCCGAGCUUAGUGUACGUUCACAGUGGCAGACUCGUGACGCUGCAGCUCGCCUGGCUAUUCGCAGUCACCUGCCGUUAGCUGAGCUAGAGCACUUUGGCGACUGCAAAACCGCUAAAGCCCUAUACGACGCUGUCGUUGCUCGCUACUCCUCACCUGCCACAGCCGAGCUUAGCCGUCUCAUGCUGCCUUACCUGUUCCCUGACCUGUCCACCUUUGCUACAGUCGCCGAUCUUAUCACCCACCUUCGCACUAGUGAUGCUCGCCUGCGUGCCGCCCUUCCCACCGAGUUCUGCGCUAAGAACCCCCCUCCCCUGUACUGGGCACUCCACUUCAUAGUCACCCGUCUCCCUGACACCCUCAGCUCAGUGCGCGACUAUUUCCUUGCUCGCUGUCCCACUGAGCUCACUGUCGCCCUCCUAGAGGAGAAGCUGCUAGCAGCCGAGAAGAGCAUUGUAGCUGUUGGUGCUGCUCGCGGCGCUCCUCGCACCCCCAUCUUUGAGGGGUGCUCUCCCUCUCCCCUCGCUCCCUCCUAUGCUACUGCUGCUACUGUUGACUUCCUUGGUGCUGAGUCUGCUGGCGCUGCUUCUGCUCCUGGUGGGAGGCGCCGCACCGGCAAGGGCAAGGGGGGCAAGGGUGGCGGGGGUGGCACUGAGGGGGGAGGGGGUGGGGGAGGUGGGGGGGGAGGCGGUGCUGGAGGGAGCGGUGGCGGGAGUGCCGGUGGGAGUGGGGCCGGCGGCGGAGGCGGGGGCGGCGGCGGGAGCAGUGGCGGUGGUGGCAGCGGCGGCAGUGGCGGCGGUGGCGGCGGUGGCGGUAGUGGCGGUGGCGGUGGCGGUGGUGGCGGUCGGAGCGGAGGUAGUGGCGGCGGUGGAGGUCGGAGUGGAGGCACCGGCUCGGGCCAGAGCUCCCUGCAGCAGCAGCGCAGCAGCAGUCGUGGGACGUCGGGGGGACAUGUCAUUCGCACAGGUUCGCACGCUCUUCUUCCGCCUUGA